CUGACUUCCUCUCCUAAUCUCAGGAAUGACAUCCGAACAACGGAGAAAAUCAUGGAGCUAUACAUUGAAACAUGGAAGUUACAUUUAUAAGAUUGGAUUUUAACUUUGACUUGAAUAACCGUGCGUCCAACAAACCGGUUGCACAUCGCAUUGGAAAUAUUUACAUGUGAUUUGAAUGAUUGAGCUUGAGGAAUUAACGGGCUGGGUCCGUUAUCGCCUUCAUUAGACUCUGCCGGGUAAAGGCAACAUGUCUCGGGAUGAGGACGCCUAUCCCGAGGCGCAACUGGUCACAGAAUCCGGGCCCAACUGGCUCCGCGCCGAGAUCGAGCGCCUGUCCCGGGAACUGAGCGAGACGACCCGGGAGAAGAUCCAGGCGGCGGAGUACGGGCUGGUGGUACUGGAGGAAAACCAGCAGCUGAAGCAACGCUGUGAAGAUUUGGAGGGCGAAUAUGAGACAGUCAGACAUGAGAUGGAUCAACUUAAAGAGGCGUACGGUCAGGUUCACUCUACACACAAAAAGGUUGCCGCAGAUGGCGAGAGCAGGGAGGAAUCCCUUAUCCUGGAGUCGGCAUCUAAAGAGGCGUAUUAUGAGCAGAGAAUGCAGGAACUACAGGCUGACCUACGGCAAGCGAAGAACAGCCUCAACAGCACACAGGCGGAGAAUGAACGCCUGGCCACCCUCGCGCUGGAGCUUCGAGAGAAUAAUGAGGUGGUGGAGCUACAGCGCACCCGUCUGCGUGACGACAUCCGGGAGUACAAGAUCCGAGAGUCUCGUCUGCUGCAGGACUACUCUGAACUGGAGGAGGAGAACAUCAGCCUACAAAAACAAGUUUCUACCCUCAAACAAGGCCAGGUGGAAUUUGAGGGUCUCAAGCACGAGCAUCGCCGGUUGGAAGAGGAAGUGCAGUACCUAAACAGCCAGCUAGAGGACGCUGUUCGACUACGUGAGAUAUCUGAGCGACAGCUCACAGAGGCUCUAGAAACCGUAAAGACAGAGCGGGAACAGAAAGCAGCCCUUAGAAAAGAGUUAACACAUCACAUGACCCUGGGAGAUUCGCUCCUAGCCAGCUCAUUGGACGGACUCAAACUGAGUACUGACGAACCUAAUAACGACGAUGCACUUCUGACAUUCGAAAACGGUUUUGCUAAACUUGAUGAAGGUAAUGACGAAGAUAACAGAUUGUCCACACCCAAGAGAGGUGAAAACUUCCGUCCCGCACCGAGUCUGGUGGAUGACUUGUUGAGCGAGCUGAACAUCUCGGAGAUCCAGAAGCUCAAGCAACAGCUCUUACUGGUUGAGCGGGAGAAGGUGGCUCUUUUAACCACUCUCCAGGAAUCUCAGAAGCAGUUAGAGCAGGCUCGAGGAGCAUUAGCCGAACAACAGGAAGCUAUGACGAGACUCAGCGACGACUUGGGCAUCAUGAGGAGAAUGCAGGCAGGCAAGGAGCGUCAAUCAGCCCUUGACAGUGAGCGUGAGCGGGAUAGUCGUGAGGACAAUGAUGUUGACUAUUACGAGCUCGAUAUCAAUGGUCCAGAAAUACUGCGCUGCAAGUAUGAAGUUGCCAUAGCGGAGGCAGGUGAGCUAAGGGAGGAGCAUAAGGUAUUGAAGGCGGAGCAUGAUGAGAUGAAGGCCGAGCAUGAGGAGGUACGUGCACGACUGGAGGGACAGGUACGUGACCUCAGUAUCCAACUAUCUCAGUUGGAGGGCAGCAGUCGGGCAGACCGCGACCAGGUCGCUCGGUUGCAAAAGGAACUUAAGGAAGUGAGCGCAGUUGCGGGCGAGACGGAAGGGAGUCUCAGCGUCGCCCAGGAUGAACUUGUCGCCUUUAGCGAAGAGCUUGCAAACCUCUACCACCAUGUUUGCAUGUGCAACAAUGAAACCCCAAAUCGUGUUAUGCUUGAUUUUUACAAAGAGGGUAAGGGAAACAAAACUGAAGGUAAAUAUAAGCAGUCCACAUUGACGCAAACAAACGACAGCAUGGCCCAGCCCCCCGAAUCCAACUCCAAAACCGUGGAUAGCUCUGGUUCUGGAAAGCAAUGCAGAGAAGACCCACGUCCUGAACCGAUGGACAUCUACAACUUGGUAGCAAUAAUUCGGGAUCAGAUCCGUCACUUGCAGAAGGCAGUGGACCGCACCACAGAGCUCUCCAGGCAAAGAGUCGCCUCUCUGGAGCUGGCUGCAGUGGCGGAUAAAGAUCAAGCUGCUUGCAUGGAGGAGAUUUUGAAGCUCAAAUCCCUGCUGAGCACUAAGAGAGAACAGAUUGCCACGCUGAGGACUGUCCUCAAGGCCAACAAACAGACAGCUGAGGUUGCCCUGGCUAACUUGAAGAGCAGAUAUGAGAAUGAAAAGGCCAUGGUCACCGAGACCAUAAUGAAACUUAGGAACGAGCUAAAGGCACUUAAAGAGGACGCUGCCACCUUCUCUUCCCUCAGGGCCAUGUUUGCCACCAGAUGCGAUGAGUACGUAAUGCAAUUGGACGACAUGCAGAGGCAGCUGGCUGCAGCUGAAGAUGAGAAGAAAACGUUGAACUCCCUUCUGCGUAUGGCCAUCCAGCAGAAACUUGCCCUUACCCAGCGACUAGAGGAUUUGGAGUUUGACCACGAGCAAGCCCGACGAGGAUCUGGAGCUGGGCCAGGUGGCCGUGGCAAGGUUUCGUCUGUGCGUGGAAGAGGACUUUCUUCAUUUUCCAGCCCCCACGUAAGUCCUAGACUUCCCAGUAAGAACCGACCGCAGCCACAUGGCCUCAUUGGAAGCCCUGCGGUUUUCUGCAGUGAGAAGUAUAAAAUUCUGUGUGACGCUGGGUCUGACUAACACCCGUGUCUGAUCGUCUCCAUCAGCGAACAUCAUGCUAACUAACACUCCUUUUUCUGUAUGUGUUCUUACAAAGUCAGCACAUCAGUGUUUGUGCAAACUGUUCCGUCGACUUCAGGGGUUCACAAUCUUGUAGCAGAUGUCCCACAAUGCAUCGCAAUAGACCUGUUUUAUUUUGAGUUGUUUUGAGUUUACAUGAUAAUUAUAAACAGGUUUCUUACACCCAAUCGCAAGUGUGAGAAUAUCUAGGAACAAGGAUUGAGGACCCCUGUCGUUACAUGUCUGAACAUUCUAAUUUUGUCUUUUCUGUCUGCACGUCUUGAGCCCCAUGUUUCUACUUUUGCACUUGAGAAUACUGAAUGUAAUUGAGUUAAACUCAGUCUCAACAAGCUAGUCUGGUAAUCUCUGUGUCAGUGGCAAUGAAUCUGUGUAAUCCCAACAGAGAUCUGACUCUCGGUCUGCUGGGAGCUUUAGAAUCCAGGGCGCAAACUGUAACGGGUAUAACCGAUGGUACUAAAAUGAAAAAACAUUUAAAGAAAUGUAGAUUUGUUUUGCUAGAAUGACAGGUGUGGAUUUUUAGGUUGGUUAAAGGUGGUGUCUCGAGAUUUGCGUGAAAAUAAUAUUGUGUUAUUUCUACGUUGCUUUUUUAUACUGUCUUUUUGAGCCAUUCAACCAUACUAACAUUGUCUGUGUUGACCUCACGCCAUUCAAGCUAAACCAUUGUAGUGUGCAUGACCAUCUGUUGGCCACAAAACUUGUGUUGCAUGUUAGUCCUCUGCUUCCUGCAGUUGCAUCAGGCAGUCUCACCUGUUUCAUUGUUGACCAUCACUGUCACGGUAACAUCUACAUCAUGUGUAUAUGUGAUCAGUUUAAAAUGAUAUUAAGUAAUACCUGGAUUGUUUUAGAUUGCAAUGAUUCUGAUUUUUUUUCUUAAUUUUGCAGUAAUUUUAUUUUAGGUCUGAAGAUUUAAAUGGUUAAUUCACACCAAUUGGUCCAGUUGUGGAAAUGAGAAGUUUUUCCCUGGAUGUGACUACAAGAAAAACAGACUCCCAUUCACAGCCAGCUUAUCGACUAUUUAAUCUACAGUUUGACUGAUAAUAUCUUUACUGUGGGCUUCAUCUUCUGGUAUUUCUUUCUGCUUUGUAACUUGUGCACUUUUGUGCAUUAGUUAAUGUUACGUAUGAGAUGCACAUUUCUGUAUACCUAGCACAUGUUUGUGGUUUUUGCAAAUUUUAGUUAUUUAACUGAAAAAAUAAUAUAAUAAAUUUUGUUUAAAGUAUUUUUAAGGCAUAACUGCCAGGUUCUGAGCACAGCCCAGGGAGGAAAAAAGUGGUAAAUAUAUUUUUGUUCUUUUAAAUAGCCAAACAUUCUAACUUUAUCUUGAUAGGAAUAUAGUGUCGCUCUACUAAAAGAACAGUGACUUGCUUCUGAAAUGUUCAGUCACAGGUGUGUUAUAUUCACCACAUACAAAAUACCCAUCAGUUCCAAAUUGGAAUGUAUUUUCUACUUUAUUUUGCCAAAUAAUGCAACAUGGGUCAGCUUUUUUGUAAUUUCUUAUGCAAUAUUUGUUUUUUAGACAUUAAUUCGUUUUUGUGUCAACUAACCUUCAUCUAAAACCUCUUGUGCCUUUUAUGCAUCUAUCAAAAGGUUUUUGUUUUCAUGAACAAAAGAGCCAUAGUCUUAUAUUUUCUGUUGUAAAUCUGUCAGUCUCACUACAGAUCUAGACCAUUUGCUCAGUAACUUUGGCAUAUUGUCAGCAUGGGGGGAUUUGUGAUUUGGACACAGUUUUUUAAGCACAAUUUUCAAUGGUUAAAGGUUGUUUGUGUAGGAAAAACAGUUUUAAGUGUUAGAAGGGCGUGUUAAUAUCAUACAUUCCUUGAGGAAGUGACUGUUGACAUUGUCAGUCGUCAUUUACGUAACUUGCUACUUAUUGGUUUGUAUUUCAGCAAGCAGAAAACUGACAUUUGUGCCAUUUCAAAUUUACACAUUGAAAAAUUUCGGUGUCUUUUGACCACAAAUUAAGUGCAAUUUAAUUCUGUUUUUUGAGUCUCUUCUAUUGUUUUCUAUUUGCUGAAAACCGCUUCCUCGGCUGUGACAUAGCUUUAUGUGACGUUUUUCAGUUUAUUUUUACACAUUUGUAUGGAAUGACCUCACAUGUUUGUUUGUAUUUAUUCAUAACCUCUGCAAUCAGUUCAGUAUUAAUAUUUUAUAUGCAUAUUAACUGGGGCUGCCACUCUUUGCAUUUCUACUUGAAGUUUUACAGGUCCAGUGUAGCAAUCCUGCCUGUUGUUGUUGUUUUUUGCUGAUGUACAUUGUUAUUUUUCUAAACAUUUGUGCUUGACCCUCUGUAGUUCAACAUGCAGAAAACAUAGGCCCAUGUCUGUUUUUAACAUUUCUCAUUUGGAAAAAAAGAAAGAAUAAAAUACAAAAAGAAAUAAACUAAUGUGAAAUAUUUGAGUAGA